CGGAGUUUCAGAGAAACGUUGAAUUCGGAGAUUUCGAUAUUUUAUUAGUUAGUCAUUUGUAAUCCCAGCUUACCUUUGCGGUUCCAUCAUCGUUUGUUAUCUCUAAGAGAGAUCUUCGAAAAUACAUAAAUGAUGCUAUUUAUUGAACUAAUAAACUCAAGGUAAACCAAAUUUGACACGAUUCUAUCGAAUGAAUACGCAAUAUUUCUAAGUACCCUUAUUUAGAUAGGAGUGCAAUUUCGCUUAAAAACAGAUGGAAAUAGGAAUUACGACAUGGAUUAAAGACUCUCAGUUGUAAGAUAAGAUAAGACAAUACCGAUGUUUUAAAACAAUCUGAAGAGAUAACAUCUCAUUUCUGUGCAACUACAGCAGUGGAAUUAGUGGUAUAUUGUACAGCUUGCAGUAAAUGCUACAGAUUAUUCAGACUGAAGCCCCGCAAUGACCUCUUGGUGCUUCCUUUUCCUCGCAAUAAUAUUGCACUCAUGUGCAGCUCAAAGACUUCCGACUGUGGCCUAUCCAUCCGCGUACAAGGUGUCUCUAGUGAUUCCAGAGAGUUCGUUCACAGAAAAAGGAGAUAGUUUCACUGGAAAAGUAGAGAUUGUGCUUUCACUUGAAGAGGCUAGCUACUCGAUAGAGUUGCAUGCUGGACGUGAUUAUUUGUCGAUCGUCACACUGCAGGUGAUACAUGACGGGACGGCUUUACAUACAACUUUUACAGUGGAUGAAAAUGAUGUUUUGACUAUAAGUGCGACACAACAACUACUAGCACAUACCGACUAUAAGCUCGUGGUAACUUACGAUGGUCGUCUCAGUACCACAGAUAUGAACGGAAUCUACAAAAGCAGUUACGAAGACGGAACAGGAGCUAAGAAGUACCUGGUAACCACCCAGUUCGAAUCCAUCUACGCCAGAAGGACAUUUCCCUGCUUUGAUGAACCGUCCUUCAAGGCUACGUUUACAAUAGAUAUUACUGUGCCACAAAAAUUGAACGCAAUGUCUAAUACUCUAUUCACCACGUCACUUUUACCCGAUGGGACUACCCACUACCAGUUUGAAACAACCCCAAAAAUGUCAACGUACCUGAUAGCAUUCGUGAUAUCCGAGUUCACUUGUUCAGCAUGGAACAUGCCAGAAGUCAACUCCGUGAACAAAGUUUGCUCUAGGGCCCAGAAAGAAGACACCAGAAGGUGGGCCGUUGAAGUAUCACCAAAACUUUUGAGCAGCUUGAACGCCUAUACUGGUAUUCCAUAUACUAGUUCUAUGAAGAAAGUGGAUCAAGUCGCCAUUCCGGAUUUCAGAUCGGGCGCUAUGGAAAACUGGGGACUGAUUACGUACAGAGAGGCCCAGUUUCUGUUCGAUCCUUCAGAAGACACGGUUACUACUAAACAGUCUGCAACAUGUACAAUAACACACGAACUCUCCCACUCCUGGUUUGGAAACUUGGUCACAAUGGCUUGGUAUUCAGUGACUUUUCUCAAUGAAGGAUUCGCUACAUAUUUCGAAACUUUUAUAACUAACGAGGUUUUUCCUGAUUGGGAACUUGAUAAACAAUUUGUAGUGGCUACAUUACAGUCAGCUUUAGCUACAGAUGAUCUACAAAGUAUCCAAGCUCUACAAUCAGAGGUCAUAACUCCUGCUCAAAUUGACGCCAAGUUUAAAGCAGACACUAGUUAUGGAAAAGGUGGCAGUAUUUUGCGUAUGGUCGAACACUUCAUGGGUUCUGAGCAGUUCAAAUCAGGAAUUCAAAAAUAUUUGAUGCUCAAUCAGUACAGUAACGUCGAACCUUCAAACCUGUGGGCUGCCUUGUCGAUAAAUGUAGAUAAUACAGUGUCAAAUCUGCCACAAAGCUUAGCAAAUGUCAUGGAAAAUUGGAUAACAAAAGCUGGAUAUCCUCUGAUCACUGUUACUAAGACCAGCAAUAAUGUGAUAGAGUUGAAGCAGGAGCGUUUCUUAUUCUCUGGCUCGGAUACAACAACAAAGUGGUACGUUCCUGUAACUUACACAACGUCCGUGGACGAAAACAAGUUCCAAAAGACAUCUACUCAACUAUGGAUGCAACCAGACAAAGACGCACAAAUUCAGCUGCCUGAAGGAGCAUCUUGGAUAAUUUUGAAUAACCAACAAACAGGAUUUUAUCGAGUGAACUACGAUGACACUUUGUGGGCUGAAAUUGAAAAGGCAUUGAAAAGUGACUCAUUCGAUGACAUAGGGGAAUUGAACAGAGCUCAAAUAGUGGAUGACUUGUUCAGUUUGGCCAAAGCAAAUAAAAUACCAUACAGUAAAGCACUGAAAGUUAUCAAAUUCAUCAGUAACGAUGUGUCCUAUUAUACGUGGUUCUCUGCAAACAGAGGAUUCAACUUCUUGCUUGACAAAAUUGGAUUUGAGUCUGAUUUGGGUAGAGCUAUCAAGGAUGACGUAUUGCAGCAGUUGGAAAAGGUGUACCAAUCCGUGCCACCUUCAACGAUUGACGAUACAAAUCACCUAUACACCUUAAAGCAAACGCUGGUUGUAGCUCUAGCUUGUAGAUUAGGGCAUCCUGAGUGCAUCGAGAUGACCAAAAAUCAUUUCACUGCGUAUAAAAACCAAGGAACUAAGUAAGCAAUGAGCGUAAUACCACAGAAUAAGUAGAGCAGAAGCUACGAAAGAGGUUGCGUCUGCGCUUCUACGAGCCCA